AUGAAACAUUCAUUUCCCUUCCUAUCCCAGAUCACUCUCUCCCUUCUCUCCAUCUCCAUUACCCUCCCUCUGACCCACGCCGGUACUCCUCCCAAAAUUCCAGGCUUCACUCUAACAUGGUCAGACUCCUUCUCCGGCUCCGCCGGUUCCCUCGCCUCUUCCUCAAAAUGGGAAUAUGAAACCCCCGCCACAAACCAAAACAACGAGAUCCAACACUACACAUCUUCCCCGCUGAAUGCUAACCUCUCCGGUUCCUCCACCCUCUAUAUCACCCCUCUCUAUUCCUCCGGAAAAUGGACUUCCGCGCGCAUAAGCACCUUGCAAAGUUGGGGGUGCGCCAACGGCGCCGAGAUGAUCGUCUCCGCCAGUAUCAAAAUGGGUAGUAGUGAUCCCACUCAUCAACAAGGUAUAUGGCCCGCUUUCUGGACUCUGGGCGAAAGCUUCAAAAGUGAUAAUAUGUGGCCCGAGUGCGGAGAAUGGGAUAUCAUGGAGCAAGUCAACGGAGCAUCUGCGAACGUGGGCACGAUUCAUUAUGGCAGCGCAUCGUAUCCGCUCGCAAUCGGAUCUCCUGAUGCGUGGUUCGAUAGAACAAAAUGGCAUACAUAUGGAAUACGCAUCUCCCGCGUGGGCGAGUGGCAACAACAGAGUAUUACCUGGGAAUUGGAUGGAAAUUCGUAUUUUACGGUUACGGGGAGUAUGGUGGGCAAUUAUCAGGACUGGGUUGCGUUGGUCGGCGAAACGUAUUUUGUUAUCUUGAAUGUGGCGGUGGGGGGUCAGUAUCCGGGGUCCCCGAAUGCAUUGACGAGGGGUGGGAUGGGCAGUGGAAUGGAGGUGGAUUAUGUGGCUGUUUAUAAUGGGGCACAGGGGACUUGGUAA